AAUAACGGCAUGGCUUUAAAUAAAGAAAAAGCAAAUGUUGUCAAUAAUACUUCAAACUCCGGUGAAGGGGACGUUUCGAUGGAUUCUGUCGAACUGGUGAGGAGAUGUUCUAAAGAGAACACAGCUGAGACGUCUUGGGAUCCAAGUUGUUAUGUUUUAACUCAGGAUAGGAGUAAAGACGAGGGCGAUAUCGUGCCCCCGUUCGUGAGUAUUAUGGUGACUGAAGCGUCCAGCCCAUCGCAAAGUAUCGAGAACACUUCCACGCAGACGGACCCUUGCGAGCUGGUCAUCAACUGCGGAGUUUCUGACGUGAGCCUCUCGUUCUCAAAAGAUUUCAACACACAAGGAUCCACAUCUACCUCUGAGGAUAACUUACGAACAAAACGAGUAAGACGCGAUUCUCACGAUGAAGACAGAAUUUUUAGACCUUGGAAACGAACCAAAAAUGCAAGUUUUGCGCGAUCUCCGAGUUUAAUCAAAGAGGAUAAAACACUCCGGCCCACAGUGUCAUCGAGUCAACUAUCUUCCACAUCGGAUGCCUCGUUUAAGUCAUUGAGCAGUAGUCAAACCUUCAAAGUGAGGAAAAGGAAGCCAAUGUCAGAGUCUAAUUUGUUCAAAGACGCACUCCACAAGUCGAGGAAGAAUAGAAGCUUUAACAAAUCCGGAAACAACACCCCAGGAGGGUCGCCGAGGAGAGAGAGGAGCCACCGCCGGAACGCACCUAAGAGUUGGAAGUUUGUUGAUCUUUGCACAUGGAUUGGUAUGAAGAGUUACGAGUCCAUAACGGGCAUGCUCCGGGACCCGGCGCGGAAGCACGGGUCAGAGCGAGAAGAACAUGAAGACACAGGCCUUCGAGAGGAAGUGAGAGAGCUACGUCUGUACCUGAAAGAAGUUGAGGGACGGCAAGCGCGGCUGGCGUGGGAGAACGAUGCGCUGCGGGAACAACUAGACAAGAUGAACUCUAAAAUUGAACAAAUGGAGGAGAAGUUCAGGUUGCAGCAACAGACACCAUCCAGUGGACCCUCUGCCCCGCCCCCACCACCGCCACCACCGCCACCUCCACCACCGCCGCCCCCACUACCACCAACAUUGGGACCAAAGCUCGGGCGUUCCAACACAAUACCUAGAUGUGGCUCCGCCCCGCCUAGAACGUCUGGGCCUAGGCUUACGAUCACACCAGAGGAUAUAGCUAAUGUUAAAUUAAGGAAGGCAAAGGAUCACCCAGUUCGCACCAAACCCCAAAACCAAACAAAGCAGCCGCUGGUGACGCAGCACAUGCUGCAGACAACUCGCGCGAAGCUCAGCCGCUCAAAACCACCCGCGGCAUCUACUCCCAACAAAAUACUUGAUGACCUAGAGAAAUGCCUCCUCCAAGACACGUGGGUGUCCUCACUCCACCGGCGGCGCUCGACGCGCGCGUCCUUCCGCAGUGCGGAGGAGCUGCGCCCGCGCCCCUACCCCACCGCGCGCACGCACGCCCCGCGCUCCCCCCGCUCCCCGCGCGCCCCGAGGUCGCCCAGGGCCAGCUCGCUGCCUCGAGGAGCUUUAUCCCCUCUUAAGUAUCAGUUAACUUUACCGAAAUAGCAGAAAU